AUGAAGAAAACCAACCUGUGGUUCUUGGAGCGUCUUCGGGGGUCUGGGGAGAAUGUCCCUCCUGGGAGCGAGGCCGGGGACAAGGCUUCCAAGGGGCCCCUGUACAGCAAUGUGCUCACACCCGACAAGAUCCCCGACUUCUUCAUACCCCCCAAGCUGUCCGCUGGCCCCGCAGAGCCGGAGGGGCCGGCUGAGCUGGGCCCUGCCUCGUCAGAGCAGAGCCCGGCCUCAGGGACACCCCGACGAGCCCCCCGGAGCCCCCGGCUGCCGGCCAAGUUGGCAGCUGAGAGCAAGAGCCUGCUGAAGGCAGCCACGAGGCAUGUGAUCCAGAUCGAGAGCGCAGAGGACUGGCCGCCUGAGGAGGCUGCCACCAACGCUGACCCCCAGGCCCAGGGCGCCAUGUCCCUGCCCUCCGUGCCCAAGGCUCAGACGUCCUACGGCUUUGCCACGCUGGCAGAGAGCCCCCACACGCGGCGUAAGGAGUCCCUGUUCCACAGCGAGCACGGAGCCCUGGCGCAGGUGGGCUCCCCAGGUGCCGGGCGCCGUCGGGGGGGCGCCAAGGCCAAUGGGGGCAACGGGGUGCCAAGGGAGGCUGGUGGGGCCCUCAUGAGCCCCGGCCGCUACUUCAGCGGCGGGGAGAGUGACACGGGGUCCUCUGCUGAGUCCUCCCCUUUCGGGUCCCCUCUGCUGUCGCGCUCCGUGUCUCUGCUGAAAGGGUUCGCCCAGGACAGCCAGGCCAAAGUGAGCCAGCUCAAGUACUCAGCGGGCCCGCACGGCUCCCUGUCUGCUGAGGACAGUGCGCCAGACACCAGCCCCAGGGCGCGGCGCCGCCUGGCCCGCAGGCCCACCCCUGAGCCGGGGCCCGAGUCCGGCCAGGCGCCCCGUGCUGAGCACGCCAUCCCGAUGGGCCCCCGGGGCAGCGUGCGGCUGCUAGCGGAGUACGAGGCCGCCCAGGCCCGCCUGCGGGUGCGCCUGCUGGCCGCCGAGGGCCUCUACGACCACCUCUGUGACGCCCGCUCCAUCAACUGCUGCGUGGGGCUGUGUCUGGUCCCCGGCAAGCUGCAGAAGCAGCGCAGCACCAUCAUCAAGAACAGCCACCACCCCGUCUUCAACGAGGACUUCUUCUUCGAUGGCCUGGGGCCGGCCAGCGUCCGAAAACUGGCCCUCAGGAUCAAGGUGGUGAACAAGGGCGGCAGCCUCAAGCGGGACGCCCUGCUUGGGGAGAAGGAGCUGCCCCUGACCUCGCUGCUCCCCUUCUUGUAA